AUGGCGACCGCAUACAAGAUUCGUGUCCCGGUGACAAACACAGGGCUGUGGCGGUUCAAACAGCAAGACGCCACUGCGAACAAGGUCUCGGAGCUUUUGCAGGAGGAUCUGAAGAAGCACCACGUCUUCUUCAACCAGGAGGGCUUCCACAACCAUAUCCCUCACCACGUCCUGGCACUCUACGGCACCGGCGCGGGUCCGGAUGCCAUCCAGAAGGCGUACGACGGAAACGCAAACUACCAGAGGCCGGCCAAGGAGAGCCACGACAGUGUCGUCGAGGAGCUGCACGACUGGGAAAAGGCCCAGAAGUACCUGGGCCGGGAGAAGCACUACUCCGACUUCCUCCUCUUCUACCAGCGCGAGAUCGAGAGGCUGGGCUGGGAGGCGGCGCUGAACGUGCACCUCUUCAAGGGCGACGAGCGCGCGGACGACUUGUUCCGGCGCAUGUUCGGAGGCUUCCUGCACCCCAUCAUCCAGCUCAUGUACGGCGUCGAGUGGGAGCAGCCCGCCAUCGUCGCCGAGGGCCUGGCCCAGGCCGCCGUGCACAAGGACCAGCUCAAGGGCUUCUUCGACGAGACGGAGAGGCGCGCGAACGAGAUGGCAAAGACGCCGAUGCCGCGCAUCGCGGACCUCAUCGACGAGAUACGGGGUAAGCGGAAGCUGGCCACGGCGGCGGAGAUGACGGACGCGAACAAGAUCAUUAACGGCGUCAUGAACCGCGCGCCCGAGGAGAUGAUGGGCGUCGCCAGCAAGGUCAAGGUCCUGCCCGAAGAGCUGGACGAGCGGACGGCCGAGAUGUUCCACACCGCCUUCUACGUCGCCGGCGGCGCGGCCCUCCACCCGGGAAAGGAGGCGAAGUGGGACUUCUUCCUGAUCCACCACACAAACGCGGCGCCCAUCUUCCUGAGCUUCAAUUCCAAGCCGUGGGUCUCGACGGAGAACAAGGUCCGUCUGCUGGAGCAUAAAAUCCGCAUGGACCUCGUCCAGUACGCGGCGCGCGGCUGCCCGCAACUCCGCCUGGACGAAGUCAGGUCGUACCGACCGAGGGACAAGGACCAGGGCAGAGAGCUGGUUUCCAAGCCGUCAGACCUCCUCCCGAGAUUUCACGCCAUCCCCGACGACGGCCACACGAUCAAGGUUGCGCGCGCCCUCGGCAUCUGCCAGGAGCUGUCGUCCCGGUACAGCGACAGGCCGUGGAUCAGGAUCAAGGGCGACGACGAGUGGCUCCGCCUGUCCUACAUGCUGCUGGACGGGACGGAGCACUCCGAGACGAGAUGGGUCCGCUCCGCCGGUUUCGAUGAGGCGUGGAAGGACAUUCCCGCUCGCGAUUGA